AUCCCACUUACAGUCUUUUGCUGGGAGAGACACGCCGACAACACAUUCAAAAUGGCCUCUAACAGCGACUGCGCUGGACGUGGAUCAAUAUGUGCAUAAACAAUACCGACUUGUGGAUUUACUCUCCACCCUCAACGCUAGCGGCUAAGGGGACGGUGAUGUCAUGAACGCACCGCACUGUUAAAAGGGGAGUGUAUAAGAUGAGAUCUUGUCUUGCAGACAGCCCAGCCGAACCGGGGCGCCGCAGGAGCAGGGUUUCAUCUACGGUUCUGUACCACCGACACCUCCAGUGAGAUGGAAGGAGUGGAGGAUGCUGAUGGGUUGGGUCUCGCACCGUCCAUCGAUGUCAACGACAACCGGGAGACGUGCAAAGUUCGCGUAUGUGUUUCUGCCCCUGACAAUGUGCGGUCCGGGUGGGCCGCUGAGGAGGGUUCUGUUUACACUUCGGGUAUAACGGAUCGAGACCCUGGACAGACGUCAGUGCGCAAUGCACCGAAAGAGAGCCACGUUUUGCUUGAUUUCAAUCCGGAUUCUGUGUUUCCGGGGUGCAGGGAUGAAAUAAUCAAUGGAUUUCCCGAACAGCAUGAGGUGGAUGUGGUUUAUCCAGAUGGAGGAGGAGGAGGGAGAAGCCGGUCCGGACCGAAAGCAGCUGUGCGCGCAACCGGAAUGUCAGACUCGGAUAGGGUUACUGGGACGUCUGAGCUUGGGUGCGAGAGUGCGCAUAAACCCGACGGAGGUUAUUUAAAUUCACAGCUGAGGCCAAAGUCUCCAGUGUCAUUCGUGGGUAGGGAUUCACCAGAUAUCAUGACGAUGCCUAAUGGAGAUGCGUUUUAUGGACAUAUGGAUAAUACUCAUAUAAACCGCAUGGAUUACGGACAUGCUAUGCAAUCUUUCCAAGACAGAGGUGUGAAAGUGGGAAAUGGGGGGUUGUUAAUUGUAAACAGUUAUAACACCCUGUCUCAAGUCCCAUUUGGAUCUCUAGGUGGCCUUCCUGCUCCAGUGAGCCAUGUCUUUGUUCAUCAAAGUGACUGUGUCCUCCCCUCCAGGAGGUCAUGUGAAGGAAUGGGUCGUGCCAGCGCGGAGAGCUCAGAAGAGACCCGGCACUCGGAUGCGGCGAGCUGUGACCCGGACCCUGCUGACACCCUGUCGGAUCUCAGUGCCAAGCUGUCCUUGUCUCCCCUUGUGGAGAACACAAGCGAUUACACCGAAGCUGAGCCAAGCCCAGAGGAAGAAUUUAGUGAAGGUGGCCUUCCACUUCGACCCCAGAGUCUCCGAACUAACCCGGGUCACAUGGUUUCCCUCAGCUGUGAUGCCACUCCUCUGAGUCCCGGGGAUGAUGGAUAUUUUGGUGCAGAGGGUGUGGCGGAUGAAUGCUCUGUAAAUACAUUUGAAGGUGGUCGUCGACAGAGCGCUCCAGACAGCACAAACCCCGAGGCCUCAUCUGACCUGACGGUUGACACAAAGAGACACGGCAUCGCCGAGUUCCUCACCAGGAGCUUGUUUUCCUGGAAGCCCAAAGAGUCAAGGACCACAGCAUCCCAGAGUGUUCCAGGAUGGAAAUUGUUUGGAAAUAUCCCGCUGCGGGACAACCCUCCCAAAGACUCUAAAAUCAUCCAGCAGGAAUAUGAAUCCAGGGCGGGACCCACUGUAGUACUGCCCCCUCAGUCAAUGAGACGGAAGAAUCUGGAGUUUGAGCCUUUGUCCACCACUGCACUCAUCCUGGAGGACAGACCUGCGAACCUGCCUGCAAAAUCAGAAGAGGAAUCUCAGAGACACAGACAGGAAUACAGUGAGAUGGUUGCAGGGGCCAAGAGAAGAGAGUUGAAAGACGCACAGAAGAAAAAACGGCAGAUGAAGGAGAGAUACCGCCAGGAAGAGAAUAUCGCCAACGCUAUGGUGAUCUGGAACACUGAGGUCCUGCCCAACUGGGAAAGCAUGCGUAACACCCGACGUGUGCGUGAACUCUGGUGGCAGGGCGUCCCGCCCAGCGUCCGUGGAAAGGUCUGGAGCCUCGCCAUCGGCAAUGAGCUCAACAUAACCCCAGAACUGUACGAGAUCUUCCUGUCUAGAGCCAAAGAGAAAUGGCGGAGCUUCAGCGAAACAAGUUCUGUCAAUGAGAAUGAAGAUUGUGGCGUAUCGCUGGCUGACAGAGAGUCUAGUCUGGAUUUAAUCAAACUUGAUAUAUCCAGAACUUUCCCGUCUCUCUACAUAUUCCAGAAGGGUGGACCAUACCAUGAUAUAUUGCACAAUGUGUUGGGGGCUUACACCUGUUACAGACCUGAUGUAGGCUAUGUUCAGGGCAUGUCCUUUAUUGCUGCUGUUCUCAUUCUGAAUUUGGAGGAGGCUGAUGCCUUCAUUGCCUUCGCCAACCUCCUUAAUAAACCGUGCCAGAUGGCCUUCUUCAGAGUGGACCAUGACCUGAUGCUGAAGUAUUUUGCAGUGUUUGAAGUGUUUUUCGAAGAGAACCUCCCCAGACUAUUCCAGCACUUUCAGAACAACAGCUUGACCCCUGAUUUUUACCUCAUAGACUGGAUCUUCACUCUGUACAGUAAGUCGUUACCGUUGGAUGUGGCCUGUCGUGUUUGGGAUGUGUUUUGCCGAGAUGGUGAGGAGGCGUUAUUCCGGACGGGACUGGGAAUUCUACGACUGUAUCAGGAUGUUCUGCUGCAGAUGGAUUUUAUUCAUAGUGCACAAUUCCUUUCCCGGCUGCCUGAAAACACACCCGCACACGCACUCUUCUCCUGCAUAGCAAACACACAGAUGGUCAGUAAUAACCGGCGGUGGAACCAGGUUUUUUCCGCUCUGAUGAAAGAUGGACUGAAAGAAACCGACAGAAGCAGCAGCAGUCCUGCCUUACGAAGCUAACAGCUGACUCUCCCAGAAGAGAUGGUGAUAUUUCUAACGCUCGCAGAAGAUGACGGUUCACGCAGCACUUUGACCUCUGCCGUGUGCCUGAGGAUAACUGUAAGCUCCAAAGGACAUCUCGGGCUCAGACUCGAUGGAUUGAUUGGGCUGUUUGAAGACUCUCAUAAUGAACCUGUCCCCUGUGGAAGGGACGUUUCUUCACUUGCGCCUGUGAGCGUUUGUACGUGUGUUUGUGAAUGAAUGAGCCUGAGAGCAUGAGAAUAACAAUGUACAAAUGUGAGUCAGGUUACCGUAUAAUGUGCCAACUUUGUCAAUAUUACUUUUGUAAUGUUGUGACUGUAAGAAAACAAACUGAUCAGAACCAUUUACACACACAAACACAGAGGCCAGAGCUACAGAUAUGAACACUCCCUGCUUGCAGAAAUUUUGCAAGCUGAACCAGCAGCGGGCCAUCUGGUACACACAAACACAUACAUAAUCAAGAUCUGAGAUCUUAUCUUAUAGAUAGACGGAUGCUGAUCAAAUAUUAGAAAUCGAGAGAUUAGAGAUUUUAUGUUUUUUUUCUAAAUCAGCCAUGUGGUUUUAAAUGGAAAGCUUGCAAACGUUUCUCUAUCAGACACACUACAUACUAACCUUAACCAGCAAACAAGAGAUCAGCUUCUGCACCUUCUCCAACACUCCAAAAUGAUCUAACCUUUUCCAGAUUUUUUUCUGUUAUUUAAAGUCUUUGUUUUUAAUUUAAGAUUUGUUUAUUUUUUAUCUCCCUCACUGUUGUACAGUUUUCUUACGUGACAGUUGAAACUGUACAUCGCUUGUGUGAGGUAUCAAGGCUAGACAUUGAAAACUCUCAGUAUUGGAUACCUGAUUUGUCUUCCUGUCUUUAUUUCUUGUUUUUCUACACUUACACAGCAUCUUCUAAAAGAACUUUACAUUUAAGAAAAAUCUGAUUGUGCCACAACAUGGGACCAGCAUGAUUUUGAGAAGUGCCAUUGGUAAAUAAAUUUUUAAAUGACUUCGUUUUUGGACAAAAGGUUUAUGCUCCUUGAUUCAUGGUUCUUUAACAUCAUAUUUAACGAAAUGAUUGAUUCCUCUGUUCGCUCUGUGAAAUAAAAAAAAUGUUGCAACCUCCUUUUUACACUUUAAAUUUA